AAUCCAAACAUACCUAUCAGAAUGUAAAGCCAAAAUUAUUGUGAGAGUUUGUUUAUAACAACGUAAAAAUGCUGCCUGCUUUUCUUUUGGAUGCAAAUGUACGGCCAACGGAUACUGGGAAAGCGUUGGAGUGUAUUGUCUGGCGGGCGGAGUACUUUAUGCCUAACCCCAUAGUCGUAUCAUGUCCGAUUUGAAAACUACCCCAUCGGAAGAAAAUACACUAUCUUCAAAAGGAUAUAAACUAACUAAAUUCAUCGGUGAAGGCGCAUACGCUAAGGUAUAUUUAGCAGAGUAUUCAGGGAAAGAUGAUGCUCAUAAGUCAAUGCUCGCGUGUAAGAUAAUCGAGACAUCAAAGGCACCUAAAGAUUUUGUCGUCAAAUUCUUGCCGCGCGAGAUUGACGUGUUGAUUCGGUUGAACCACCCUCACCUUGUGCAUACUCACAGCAUAUUUCAGAGAAAAACCAAAUACUAUAUUUUUAUGCGAUUCACUGAGAAUGGAGACCUUCUGGGUUAUAUUUUAAAGAACGGUUGCGUAUCAGAGAACCAAUCCAGGGUGUGGUUCCGGCAGUUGGCUUUGGGACUACAGUAUCUCCACGAGUUGGAGAUCACACACAGAGACAUCAAGUGUGAGAAUAUUUUGUUAACGGCAAACUUUAAUGUGAAACUGUCGGACUUUGGUUUCACGAGGUCUUGCGUGGACGAAGAUGAAACACCGAUACUGAGCGAGACCUACUGCGGCUCGAUGUCCUAUGCAGCGCCGGAGAUUCUACGCGGCAAGCCUUAUUUACCGAAGCCGACAGACUUAUGGUCCCUGGGGGUGGUGUUGUUUGUGAUGCUCAACAAAUCGAUGCCGUUCGAUGACACUCGCAUGCGAAAGUUAUACGAGCAGCAGAUGGGCAAGAAGUACCGGUUCAGAUCGCGCGUGGCCAGCAUUCUCACUCUAGAGUGCAAGACCGUAGUGAAACAUUUAUUAGAACCCGACCCCGGGCUUAGACAUACCGCCAAUCAAGUUCUCAGUUCUGAGUGGAUUGCUAUGGACAGCAGACUCACGUCUUUGAACGCAGUAGAAGCAGCAGCGCUAAAAAAGGCAAAAGAAGAGCGUCGUAGAUUGUCUGACGUACACAGGAACCCUCCGAAAAGGCAAGGAGAUAUUUAUGAAGGGCCAAAUAGGGAUUCCGUGUACAGGGCCAGUGAAAUGCUAAAGUCUCUCGCAAAUGUGACAGCUAAACAAAAAAAAGCUGAAUAGAUGGAGGGUAAAUCCAAGUUUCAUAUCGAUGACGAUUUAAAAUUAACUGGUUCUGAACAAUUAACGCUCGCUACUCGUGGUUAUAAGAUGAUCAAGAAAGUCAAUGAAGGCUCAUAUGCUAAGGUCUACCUUUCGGAGUAUAGAAAUCCAAAUAAAAAUGACAAACUUUCUGUGCUCGCCUGCAAGGUGAUUGAUACCAACACAGCUCCCAAGGAUUUCGUGAAGAAGUUUCUGCCAAGAGAAAUAGAAAUGCUCAUAAAACUGAACCAUCCACAUUUGGUGCACACGCACAGUAUUUUUCAAAGAAGAUACAAAUAUUUUAUUUUUAUGAGGUAUAUGGAGCACGGUGAUCUCUUAGAGCACAUACUUCAAAAGGGGGCAGUGCAGGAAGAUCAGGCCAGGAUAUGGACGAGGCAGCUCGCCCUGGCCAUCCAAUACAUGCAUGAGCUCGAAAUAGCUCACAGGGACAUAAAGUGUGAGAACGUUCUUCUUACGGCUAACCAGAACGCCAAGCUAUCAGAUUUCGGUUUCGCCAGACUUUGUGUGGAUAAGAAAAUGAAAGAUAUACACAGCGAAACAUUUUGCGGAUCUUUAUCUUACACUGCCCCUGAGAUACUACAGGGUGCUCCAUAUUAUCCGAAACCGACGGAUGUGUGGUCCUUGGGAAUAGUGCUCUACGUCAUGCUGAACAGAGCUAUGCCUUUCGAGGAUAAGCACAUAAAACAACUUUACCAGGCACAGAUCAACAGAAAUUGGAAGUUUCGUUCGCGUUAUGUGGACACUAUAUCUGAUAAUUGUAAGCGUCUAGUGACUUUGAUGUUGGAUCCAAAUUACCAGAGCAGGAUCAAAGUUGACCAAAUCAUUCAUAGCGAGUGGAUCGCCAUGGACUCUAGAUUAUUAGAAUGGACGCCUCAAGAGACGUUGGCAUACAAAAAGGCGCGAGAAGAAAAGAGUCAGCUCCAAAGGAAAUCUGAAUCAAAUGCCCAGGACAAGCCAGAUAAAGAGAUACAGCAACUCUAAACCUGGGUUAACUCAGUAAAUUCUAAAUUAAUGGCACGUAAGUUUUCCUGUGCUAAACUGAAUUAACAAACGCCUAUA